AUGGAAAAAUCUCUUUCCUUUGUUUUCCUGAUCUUCUCAUUCCACUGCUUCAUAUCCUCCUUAGCUUGGAUUGAUACAAACAUCACUACUGAUAAAUCUGCACUUCUUGGCCUUAAAUCUUUUAUUACUUCAUAUCCAUAUGGUUCCUUAUCUACUUGGUCUCUCUCCUCUUCUCCAUGCAAUUGGGUUGGUGUUACUUGCAAUACUUAUGGAAGGGUUCAUUCCUUGAAUCUUGGUGGCAUGGAUCUUAUAGGCACCAUAUCUCCACAAUUGGGAAAUCUCUCAUUUCUUGUUGAACUUGAUCUUAGUAGCAACAACUUUGAUGGUCAAAUACCAAGAGAGUUAGUUCAACUGUGUAGAUUGAAACUAUUGAACUUGAGCUACAAUGACUUUCAUGGACAAGUUCCAACAUUGAUAGGAUAUUUAUCUACAUUGGAGCACUUAAAUCUUCAAAAUAAUAGCUUUGAUGGAUUUAUUCCGCUGUCUCUAUUCAACCUAUGA